CCUAAUACUUCAUCACUUCGAAAGCCGUAGAAAACCAGUAUAAAACCCUAACAAUCCGCCACUAAAGCACAGCUUAAAUAUAAAGAAAAAAAGAUGCAGAUAUUCGUGAAAACCCUAACCGGCAAGACCAUAACUCUCGAGGUCGAGAGCAGCGACACCAUCGAUAAUGUCAAAGCCAAGAUCCAAGACAAAGAAGGAAUUCCCCCGGACCAGCAACGUUUAAUUUUUGCUGGUAAACAACUUGAAGAUGGCCGUACAUUGGCUGAUUACAACAUUCAAAAAGAAUCAACGCUUCAUCUUGUUUUAAGGUUGAGAGGCGGAAUUAUUGAGCCUUCUUUAAUGGCUUUUGCUCGUAAAUACAACCAAGACAAAAUGAUUUGCCGCAAGUGUUAUGCUCGGUUGCAUCCGAGAGCAGUGAACUGUCGCAAGAAGAAAUGUGGUCAUAGCAAUCAGUUGAGGCCCAAGAAGAAGAUCAAGUAAACCAUGACUGACGAUGGUGGUUUAUGUCAUUUGCUUCAAAAGAACUUGAAUACCAGACUUGUCAAAUAUUUUUUUUCCCAUUUGGUUCUUUGCUUUUCUAAUUUCUAUUUGAAAUUUCAUAGCUGGAUAUCGCUGUUGUUGAGAAGUUUUUUAGUAAUAAUUGAGGUUAAAAUUUGUACUUUUUGACAAUGUUUGGGCUAGUUUUCUUCUUUUGGGUUGCAGUAAUAUGCACAAAAUGUUGUUAUAA